GCUGCAAAAUCUAUGAAGUACCUAUUGGAAGCUCUAUGUGCUUUUAACAUCCAGUUGUCAGGUAGAACCAGCCUUCAUCUGACUAGCAGAGGUUCCUCUGUUUUGUUUCUGCACUGGUCUAGAUCCCUGGGUCUGCUUGUAGCUACCAAUACCCACCUGUUACAUAGAGGUAUGAGGCACCAAGUUGUAAGUAACUCCACGCAGAGUGUUUCUUGUGUUUGUUUUACCUGAGGAUGAUGCUUAAAAGUUAAAUGAGCAGCUAACUUUAAUAGCUUUCUUAUUUGCUUAAGGGACUUCUGGAUGCUUUAAAGUAAUGCAUCUGUUUUGUAAAAAGUUCAGUAUAGGAGACAUUGUCCACAAUGCUUGUCUGACUGGAAUUUGUAUCUUCAUCCUGUAGAUUGAAAGCAGAAAUGCCUGUGUUCAGGAAAGGUGUUUGGUAGCUGUGUCGACUGGAAGUUACAGAAAUUUAUUGAGACAGUUGUUACUGGCUUGUUUUGAUGGAGAUGCCAGUUAAGCCUUCAGCCUCUAGAAAGAGCCACAGACUUAAUUACUGUUAAACAAAAUACUGUGUGGUUUUCUGCAGGUGUAGUAGGCAGAAAGCUUCAUAUUCUUUCUGGUCUGAAAGAAUUGUUUCUAAGCUUUAUUUCUUCCCUUUAGUAAACAAUUCAAGUGAAAAUUUCAGUUACCUCUAUCUCAGAGCAGUUGACAGGCUUUCUGCAUUUUGGUGGGGUGCUUUCUUCUUUUCAGAUUUAAGUCAGGUGUUUACCAUGUGGAAUGUUAUUUCAGCAUUCAUUCAAAUCUGCGAACAGUAUUAACGAGGGAAACAAAGCAGUAUUUUUCUGAAUGCUAGGUGUUCCUUAAGAUCUUGAAUUGACAUAACUUAUACAGCAGCAAGUUGAUAUGAACAUUCAGAAGUGUUGUUUCCAUGAACUGGAAGUCUGUUAGUCUUGCUAUCUGGAAAUUUUCAGAGAUUAUGGAAAGCUAACUCAAGUUACAAAAGACAAAUAUCUGCAGCACGUUUACUUUCUUUUUCUUUCUACACUUGAGAGUUUUUAGUAUUAUCCUGGAUUACUUUUUUUCUAGAAGUAUCUAAUCUUGAGCAUGUCUAAUGUUUAGCAGUCUCUUACAUCUUUAAUUGAAUCCAAAUGUGAUUUUUCUGUUCACAUUGGUAGUGGAGUUGAACAUUGGCAGUACCACAACCCAGUAGAUUUGCGGAGUUUAUCUUUGCAGAUAGUGAAAUUUAAGAGGAGCACCCCUGAUUUGUGGACAUCAGGCGUAAUUGUGACUAUGUUACUGGGACUGAAAUUUGAAAAACAUGAAGACAAUUAAGAAUUUCAGAAUUGGUAGGUUUGGGGAGGGAGGAUAGAAAAGUAGGCUGUGGGAAGAAUAACAACUUUGUUUUUUAAAUUUCCAUUCAGAACUAUGUUAGACCGAUCCUAGAUUAUUGCCGGUGAUAACGCCUAAGAAAAUUCUCUUUUCUCCAGGGUUCCUGGACUUCAUCCUUGGCACAUUUUAUGUUGUUUAUCUUUCCUUAUUUCAAAGGACCUGGGCUCCUGUUGAAAAGUGACGGAAUAAUCUCUGGCCAGCACCUGCCAUGUUGAGGGAGCACCCCUAAAAGAGCUUGCCUGCGAGAGAGUUUGUGAAAUAACGCAGUAACAUGUUCGCAGUAACCAGCAUGUUUUGGAAAUUUGACCUCCAUUCGUCAUCCCACAUAGAUACACUUCUAGAGAGAGAAGAUGUAACACUGAAGGAAUUGAUGGAUGAAGAGGAUGUUCUGCAAGAGUGCAAGGCUCAGAAUCGCAAACUUAUAGAUUUUCUGCUGAAGUUAGAAUGUUUGGAAGACUUAGUUUCAUUUAUUAUCGAAGAGCCACCUCAAGACAUGGAUGAACAAAUUCGAUAUAAAUAUCCAAACAUAUCGUGUGAGCUGCUUACAUCAGAUGUCUCACAGAUCAAUGAUAGGCUGGGAGAAGAAGAAUCCUUACUUAUGAAACUGUACAGCUUCCUCCUGAAUGAAUCUCCUCUAAACCCUUUACUGGCCAGUUUCUUCAGCAAGGUGCUAAGUAUUCUAAUAAGCAGAAAACCAGAAGAGAUUGUGGAUUUUUUAAAGAAGAAACAUGAUUUUGUAGACCUCAUUAUUAAGCACAUAGGGACCUCUGCUAUCAUGGACUUGCUGCUCAGGCUACUGACUUGCAUAGAACCUCCGCAGCCUCGGCAAGAAGUGUUAAAUUGGCUAAAUGAGGAGCGAAUCAUCCAGAGGCUUGUGGAAAUUGUACAUCCAUCUCAAGAUGAAGAUAGGCAUUCAAAUGCAUCACAGUCACUCUGUGAAAUUAUUCGUUUAAGCAGAGACCAGAUGUUGCAAGUACAGGACAGUUCAGAACCGGAUCCACUGCUUGCAAGUCUAGAGAAGCAAGAAAUCAUAGAGCAGCUGCUAUCUAAUAUUUUUCAUAAAGAAAAAAAUGAAUCUGCAAUAGUCAGUGCAAUCCAAAUACUAUUGACCUUACUUGAGACAAGACGACAGACAUUUGAAGGCCAUAUAGAGAUCUGUCCUCCUGGCAUGAGCAAUUCAAAAUAUUCAGUCAAUAAAAGUGUUUUAGAAGCCAUAAAAGCACGACUUUCAUCCUUCCAUGAACUCCUACUUGAGCCUCCAAAAAAAAGUGUCAUGAAGACAACCUGGGGUGUGUUGGAUCCACCUGUGGGAAACACGCGUUUAAAUGUGAUUAGAUUAAUAUCUAGCCUUCUACAGACGAAUACAAGCAGUGUGAAUCAGGAACUUAUAGAGCUUAACAGCAUAGGAGUAAUACUGGACAUGUUCUUUAAGUACACAUGGAAUAACUUUUUGCAUACACAAGUAGAAAUUUGUAUUGCAUUGAUUCUUGCAAAUCCUCUUGAAAGCACAGAAAAUGGCACAAUUACAGAUCAGGAUUCCACUGGGGACAAUCUCUUGCUGAAACAUCUCUUCCUUAAGUGCCAAUUAAUAGAACGAAUACUUGAAGCAUGGGAGAUGAAUGAGAAGAAACAGGCUGAAGGAGGAAGACGCUAUGGCUAUAUGGGUCAUCUGACACGGAUAGCAAACUGCAUUGUGCACAGUACAGAUAAGGGGCCAAACAGUACACAAGUUCAGCAGCUCAUUAAAGAGCUUCCAGAGGAGGUCAGAGAGCGAUGGGAGACAUUCUGCACAAACUCUUUAGGAGAAACUAACAAGAGGAAUACAGUGGACCUGGUUACUACCUGCCACAUUCAUUCUUCCAGUGAUGAUGAAAUUGACUUUAAAGAAACUGGCUUUUCACAGGAUUCUUCUUUGCAGCAGGCCUUUUCUGAUUAUCAGAUGCAACAAAUGACGUCCAAUUUUAUUGACCAGUUUGGCUUCAACGAUGAGAAGUUUGCUGAUCAAGAUGACAUCGGCAAUGUUUCUUUUGAUCGGGUCUCAGACAUCAACUUUACCCUCAAUACGAAUGAAAGUGGCAAUAUAGCCUUGUUUGAGGCAUGCUGUAAGGAGCGGAUACAGCAGUUUGAUGAUGGUGGCUCUGAUGAAGAAGACAUUUGGGAAGAAAAACAUAUUGCAUUUACACCAGAGUCUCAGAGGCGUUCCAGUUCGGGCAGCACUGACAGUGAAGAAAGUACAGAUUCUGAAGAAGAGGAUGGAACAAAACAGGACUUGUUUGAAUCACACACCAAUACAGAGGACAAAAUGGAAGUAGACUUAAGUGAACCACCAAACUGGUCAGCUAACUUUGACGUACCCAUGGAGACAGCACAUGGUGCCAGUCUGGAUUCUGUUGGGUCUGAUGUGUGGAGUACUGAAGAACCUAUGCCAGCAAAAGAAACUGGUUGGGUUUCCUUUUCCGAGUUUGCAUCCUCUUUGAGCUCAAAAGAUUCCUUAAGAAGUAAUUCUCCUGUGGAAAUGGAAACAAACACAGACCCAAUUGAUCCCUUGGGUGCAAAUGUAACUGCUCUUGCAACACACCUAGAGACCCCAGGAAGUGUUGCCAUGGAGGCCAGCUCAGAUGGAGAGGACGAUAUAGAAAAUGCAGACAAGGUAACUGAAACAGUAAUGAACGGCAGCAUGAAGGAGACACUGAGCCUUACUGUAGAUGCUAAAACUGAAACGGCUGUUUUCAAAAGAGUGUUGAAAUCCUAUCGUGAGGAAGGAAAAUUGUCUACCUCGCAGGAAGCUUCUUGUAAAUAUGUAGUAGAAGAGAAUGCAGAGGUUACAGAAGAGGCUUCUUCAGCUCUGCAGCCUACUAACAGCAGUCCAGAACAGAGGACUGAUCAGCACACCCAUUUAGGAGAGGCAUCUGUUAAUGGCCCUGUAUGAUGUGUGAUGUCUGCUACCUUGGCUGAAGAAAAUGAACUGAUAUCCAGGUGUUUGAGUGUUUCUUUGAGGAUUUCAUCUAGACCCUGUUGAAGCCAGUCACUGCUGCACUAAUUUCGCAAGGGAUCAGGACCAGCAACAUUUAUAUUCUAGAUUUUAAGACAUUGUACAGAAAUUCAUAAGUGUAAAAAUAUUGCACAUUGAGAAAUACCAAUAAUUUUUGCGUAUGUUUAUAUUGUAUUGUUCUAAAUAACGGGUGGCCUGUGAAAUAAGAUCCUGCUACCCACGUAAUGAUGACAGUAGUGUUACUAUAGUUAAAAUGGCUGUAAGAAUAGUUUUAUAAAAAAAGUGAAUACACAAAUCUAAUGUAUUUGAGACAUUACUAUUUGAUGAUUAGUGUGACCAAAGUAUUUAGCAGUUUUCAUACAUUUUUCACCUUGUAAAAAGAAAAGAAAAAAAUUAAUUCAUGUUUCUUCUGAAACUGAAAUGCCCUAUAAAUGUUAUUUUGGUUGGUCUAGCUUACAAAAGUGAUUUACAUAAGAAUUUUUUGGUGUUCAACAUUUUACAAGAGGUUUUUUAAUCGGUAAUUGUUUUCUGUAUUGUUCAGAACAGAUCAAAAAUGUAAGUCUAUUGGUAGAGAUUUUAAGUAUUUAUUGCUACAACUUAGUUGACAAAUUGAUGUUACUGUAAAGCCAUAUGUUCUGUUAAGUCUUGUUUGCUUGAAACAAUACCUUACAGGUGAAACACUAGAAUAUUUGAAAUGCACAUGGCUUGUUGUGUUUGUGAUUCACCUGCCUUUUAACCCAUUCACCAAGAUUUAGUUUAAUACCAAGCAUUAUCCAAUGGAACAUUUCAGAACAAUCUGCGUAUUUAAAACGCUAUAAACCUUUUAGACAAGUCAAAUAAAUGAAAUGCCUGUGCUGCUAAUGCAAUUACAGUACAUGCAUUUUGAAAGUAUAUAGUGUUUUUAAUACAAAUUUUGGCAGCAGAGCAUGUUAAUUGUUACUUUCACUGUACUGAUCUGUGUGAGGCUUUCAUUUGUAUGUUCUAAACCAGUUUUUUCUCAGCUGGUUUGUGUAUAUAUAUAUAGUGAUUAUGGAAACUAAUUCUGUGUAAUUUAUAAUUUUCUAUGUCAGUAUAAAAUUCCAACAGCCUUCUCAAACAAACAGAAGCAAUAUAGUGUGUAUUGCCACCUUGUCUGGUGAAAGGGUUAAAGUACUUCACCUCCUGCACUUUUAGAUGCAAAUCAUUUUUUUUUUUUGUUUCUGUAAUAGUUAUAUUCAUUUAUUUUUUACAUCAUUUGUUUUCCUGACCAGUAUUUAAAGCCAAAAGGAUACUCUAAACAAUGGCCAAUGAUUUAUUUUAGAAGGCAUCCCAAGCAACGUGCCUAAACAUUACAUUGCAUACAGAAAUAAUAAACAAACAAAAC